AUGGGUAACGUAUUGUCGGCACAGAUUCCGAACCAGAUAUUGCCGGUUGAGGCAUAUCUGUCCGAUAUCAGCGAUGUGGAGUUUGUCAGCAGUUUGGGCAGUACACGAUUCAUGAAAGUUGCUCGGGUGGAGCAUGCCGAAGGUCCAUCAUUGCUCAAAGUGUUCCUUCUCCAGGAUCCAUCAUUCUCGAUCGACCCCUAUCGCGAUCAAGUCUGUGUUUAUUUGUUCAUAAAUAAAUGUUUUGUUGACUAA